AUGAGUAAUUUGCUUGAAUUUUCCGAAUGUAUUUCUUUAAGCUUAGAUCAGGACAACGAAGUUCGUCAUGAAGCCGAAACUAAAAGCAAUGCUUUCCUUAAUGAACAACCAGCGGCAUUUUUAGAGUCAAUUUUGCAAAUUAUUUCCGAUAAUGCUUAUUCAAAUUAUCACGCUAAGUGCAUUGCAGCCCUUUUAUCUAUUAUGAAGCACCAUAACGAGGUGUUUACUCCAGAAAUUUCGCUUGGAUUUUAUCAAAUGUUUAGUUCAGCCUUUCCUCAGCUUCUUCAUCUAAGUUCUAUUGGAGAUUUGGAAAAGAAUUGGCUCUGCUGCAUUUUCGCCUUUAUUAUGUCAGUUUCUCGCCAACAAAAUCCAGAUAACAAUCAAAAUUACACAGAAUACAUGAUGAACCUCGAAAAGCAAGUACCAUCGAAAUUCAUAUUUACUGUUCUAUCCGAAACUCUUGAAUGUUCUCCCGAUGUUACGAUUUUUGAUAUCAACUAUUUAUAUCAAUUUCUACAGCAGCAUACCAACGAAACAUUCGAUGCCUUUAGCUUAUACUUCUCAAUCAUUGGCAAAAUCGAGCCAAUCCAAGAAUUUCUUGACAUUUUCCCAUCAAUUCUUGAAGUUCUUACUCAAUCUACAGAUCUUAACUACAUGAAUGUAGUUAAUAACUUUUGCGAGAAGAACUCUCCAUUUUUACCAUCAGUUUUCCCAGAUCUUUCGAAAAUAAUAUCCAAUAAAAUCAUUAACACGGAAGAUGAGCAAACCAUCAUCCAUGGCAUCUUUAUCUUCUACAGCAUUGUCCAUUAUUCAUCCCAACUCGUCAGAUUCUCAGCAGAGUUCUUAGAUAUCGUAAUUGACACUUUUAUGAUUAUUUUAAAUCAUUAUGACCCAGAAACUGACGACAAUGACAGUUCCACGUUACAAUCCUUAUGUCUCGACAUUGCUUACCAGAUAUCAGGGAUUAUUGAUAUCGAAUACACCAGUUAUCUCUUCCAAAAACUGAGAAAUUUCUUUGCGAACAACACAGAAGAAUAUUUAUAUGGAUUAAUGAUUCUUUGUUCAUCAUAUCAUAUUUAUUAUGAGAAACAUGAUGAUCUACAUGACGCUCUCAUAAAUCUUCUUGCUUCCGAUGAUUUCAACAUUAAAUAUGCCGCUCACAGGUUAUGUUCGAAAUUGAUUCAUUCUGCUGAUUUUUCUUCGAAAUCUGAUGAUUGUUUUGACUUUUUCCUUAGUGAACUUUCUCCGGAAACACAUCCCGCUAUUCUUAAAUAUGUUAUUAUUAUUUGUUGUGCAAUGAUUAAUGCUGAUAAGUUGGAAGAAGAACAAUAUCCAGUUCUUCAACAAAUAUUUUUAAAUGCUUUUCAAUUUGUCAAUGAUGAAGAAUCUCUUUGUUAUUUGAUUGACAGAUUCACGAAGAUUGCAAAGAGUAAUCCACAAAAGCCGUCAAUAGAAGAUAUAUUUGGAUUGUAUAAUCAAUUACUUGAAGCUUAUGGUGAUAAUGAUAAAAUUAAAAUACAAAUAAUUAGAUCAGGAACAAUAUUCAUUAAUAAAUCUAAAAACGUUGGAAAUGACGAAGAAGAAAUAGAAGAAGAUGCCAAAACAGCAGCAAAUUUACUUUAUAAUCUAUGUAUUGAAAAAAUAACAGGUGAAAACAGUCAAAUUGAUCCACAAAAUGUAAGAGAAUACAUGAAAUUAAUUAAUGUAUUAUUAAUAUAUGUUGAAGAUACAGGAGAAACAACAGAAUUAAUGUGGAAUCAAUCAUUUGAAACUAUUUUUACACCUCUUGAUUUUAAGGCAUUCAUGAGAAAUGAAUACAUUGAUUUAUCUGCUUAUAUAUUAAUUGAUAAUGUUCCUGGUAAUUUUAGAUAUGCAAUAGAAUCAUCAAUUAUUGGUAAUUACGUUGAUUCUUUAGCAACAAUUCAAAAUCUUUGUAAUAAUCAAAAAUAUUUUGAUAGAUUCUUUGAAAAUGAUUCGGAAUUAUUGAAUAGAUUUUUACAAACUAUUCUUGAUUUAUUGGCAUCAAAGUUCUUCGUGUCAAAAAUUGCUACAAAUUGUUUGCAAACAUUGGCUUUCUUUUACAAAAGACUUUACAAACAAAAUGCUGAAUUAUCCAAACAAAUUUUGACAAUUUUUGUCGAAAAUAUAAUGAAAUUAAGUUCUAGGUCGUUCCAAUAUAUUCAUUUUGGUACAUUGAUAUCUUGUAUUGAUAAUUUACUUUUAACACGCUCAUUUAAUAUGAAAGAAGUUCCUGGAUUUAUUGAAGCAUGUUCUAAUUUAAUUAUCCAACAAUUUAUUGAUUCGCUUGGAUUUAUUGAUGAUUACUUAAAUAGAGGUGCAGGUUUUAUAGAUGAAGGAAGUGUUUAUACUGAAAAAUCUGCUUUGUUUGAAGAUCCUUCCGAACUUUUGUUUAAGAUAAUAAGAAGUGAUACAAAUAAUUAUGUUCGUAAUCUUAUUGAAACGAAUUUACUUCCAAAAAUUUUGGAAUUGAUACAAAACGAACAAAUGAUGGAAUUGUCACCAGCCAUGUUAGUUAUUUAUUUGGGAACAGCACCUGAUGCAUCAUUAUUUAUCCAAUAUCAUGAUGUUUUCUACAGUUUCUUCCAACAUCCUCCUGAAAGAAAUGAAGAAGGCGAAUUUAAUCCUUCCGAAAAAUACAAAUAUGAUGUGAUGUUGACAUCCAUUUUUAAAGUUUUAUUCCAUACUUUGCGGUCAAUUAAAUUUACUAAUUAUCCAGAGCAAGGCUACGAAUUGUUCAAUAUGAUGGUUGAAUGUUACAAUAAUACGGAUAUCAUGGAGGACCCGGUUUCUCUUUAUUGCUCCAUUGGAGCUUGGUGUCUAUCGAAUUUCGAAAUAUAUCAAAACAAUUUUGAAGCAGUCGUUGAUGUAAUAUUGAGUAAAGAAUUUUCACCAGUAGCUGUCAUCGAAGCCGAUAAUGGUUGGAUUUAUAUUUUGCUUAUUGCAAAUUGGAUUAUGAAGUUCUAUGAUAUAUUCGAAGAAAGUUAUCAAGAAGGUUAUGAUUAUUACGCAUAUGCUUUCUCAUUUUUAGAAUAUGAUAAAUUGCUAUUGAAUCAAUCAUUGCCUAUUGUCUAUAAUGCUGCAUUUGAAAGUUUUGCUCUUGCUUUGAUACAUAAAAGAAAUGCUCACACUAGAUUUAUAGAAUUUCUUGAUGAGAUGAAGGCUGAUACGUAUGAUAGAUAUGGACCAACCAUCGCUCGAAAUCUUGAAUAUAAUUUAACUGCGGCAAUAAAAAGGCUCCAAAAAAGAGCAAGUGAACAAAAACAAUAA